AAAGAAAUAAAAUCAUUGCAGGUGGCAUCAGUCAACAUUAGAGAAUGAAUAUGCACACAGCAAGACAGUCUGGCCAGUGGCCCAGACAGAAGCUCUGUUCUUACCAGAAUUCCCUGUUGGAAUAGAGGAGAAGUUGAAGUUAAUUUUUUUUAGGUGAAAUUAGCAGAGGAGCUUUUGGUCAAGUAUUUCAUGUGCGAUGUGCAACAACAAACAAAGAAUAUGCCAUGAAAGUUCUGUCAAAGUCACAGGUGUGCAGCUUAGAUGCUGUCAGCCAAGUGAAACAAGAAGUUAUGAUUCAACAUGUGUGCAGCCAUCAUCCCUUUGUCACACCCCUUGUCCAUUAUUGGCAGACUCGCAAGUUGCUGCUUGUUAUGACAGAAUUUGUGGGAUAUGGCGAACUGCAGCAGCUGUGGCGAUCCUUAGGCAGACUACCGGAAAACCUUGUCAAGAUCUAUUUGGCACAGAUUGCACUUGCACUUGACUUUCUUCAUAAUGCAUUCGGAUAG